AGUCUCAGGCUGUAGCAAGUCGUCGAUAAAUCAGAAGCCGAAGCACACACCAACACUCAUCUAGAGAGAGAGAGAGAGAGAGGGGAGGAGAGAGACUAGGGUUUGCUCUCUCACACAGAGAGGUUCGAUCAAUCUCAAGGGUUUCGUUUUUUCGUAUCAAUGGCUGAAGGUGACAGCGGCAGGAUGACGGGGGUCGUGAAGUGGUUCAACGACCAGAAGGGGUUCGGCUUCAUCACCCCCGACGACGGCAGCGAUGACCUCUUCGUCCACCAGUCCUCGAUCCGCACCGAAGGCUUCCGCAGCCUGGGCGACGGCGAGACGGUCGAGUUCGUCAUCGAAUCCGGCGGCGACGGCCGCACCAAGGCCGCCGACGUCACCGGCCCCAACGAGGGCCCCGUCCAGGGCAGCACCCGCGGAGGCGGAGGACGCGGCGGCGGCGGCGGCGGGGGGUAUGGUGGAGGUGGUGGGUAUGGUGGAGGUGGUGGGUAUAACGGCGGAGGUGGAAGGGGCGGUAGCCGACGUGGCGACGGCGGCGGGUAUGGCGGCGGCGGCGGGUAUGGCGGCGGCGGUGGGGGGUAUGGCGGCGGCGGCGGGAAUGCUUGCUUUAAGUGUGGGGAGUCGGGGCAUAUGGCUAGGGACUGUUACGAGGGAGGUGGCGGUGGCGGUGGUGGGAGGUACGGCGGUGGCGGUGGUGGAAGGUACGGCGGCGGCGGUGGAGGCGGCCGCGGCGGCGGCGGUGGUGGAGGCUGCUACAACUGCGGAGAGGACGGUCAUUUCGCCAGGGAAUGCCCCAACGCUUCUCGUUGAGAUUGGUAAAGAAGGGUGGGGGUAAAAAUGUGAAUCUUCACUCCUAUACCCUUUCUGUUUUUCUUGGUAUUCGUUAAGUUAUUGGUCUUUAUCUUUUGUGUCUCUGAAUCGGUGAACCGUAUACAUGGGUAUGUUGUUUUUGUCAGGGGUUUUAUUAGGGGUCUUGAUAUGGUCACCUGUUUUUGUUUUUGGUAUGGUAUUUUAAGUGCUUGGUUUUGACUGGAUUUGGUGGUUGUAAUUUCGAAGCAUAAACUCGUUGCUCUGCUUAAUGGGUUUUCAGGUGUUGCCCUUAAUCCAUUCAUACGUAUAUAGA